AGAGCCGAUACGAUAAACGAGUUGCAUGCAUCUUUUUUUGUAUUAAUGGUUGCUUUUUUGUUCGUUUAAGUUUCAAGACGAAAUGUAACGAACCAGUUUUCAAAAGUGAACGACAAGAACGAAAUAAAACAGAAUUAAUCGAUUCAAAGUUAUGUGGUGAAGAGCAAAGAUGUAAUCAAUUGGCAUUGCGCUGUGGCAACGGCGAUGGCGACGGCGACGGCGAAGACGACGACGGCGACGAUGACGACGACGUCAUUUCACAAACUUUACCACAUUCAUCUUCGUAUUGGAAAAAUGGCUUGCCAUAUCAAUCAAUGGGCUUAACAGAUGAAUAAAGAAUCAGCCGUGCAUUUUCGACAUAUUUCUCGUUUUAUGUUUUUUUUUUCUUGCGCCCCAUCACUAACGAUUUCCUGAAAUGAAUUAUUAAUGACUAGGAGUGAAACCGGCCGACGUGUAUAAGAGCUCCAAAAAUACCAUCACCCAAAGGCGAAACACAAACAUUCGGUAUAAAACUCACAAACGCCAACACUGAUUGCAUUUGAGCGAACAUAAAAAAAAACGACUCGAUCUAAGUAUAAAUUUAAUUGUUAUCCUGGGAAUGAGGAGCGAGAAAUAUCAGAGCUACAAACGGAGGUAAAAAUGGUUGCGUUGUCUCACUUACAAAACGACGAUAACGAGACAACUUUAAGCGACGAAAACACACCAAAAAUAAGCAACAAGGCGAUGGGUUCUGAGCACGCAAUGGACAUGGCCAAAGGUAAGAAUGGAAUAGAAGACGACAACGAUAGCAAAGAUGCAUCGUGCGUGGCCGGCAUGUAGAUGCGACAACGAAACGACGGCAUCUGUCUACCAAAGUAUAAAAGGUUCUAGGUUUUUGCACAAUCAUCACAGUUUCAUUCUAAAGCUUGUGUUGAAUCAUUCAACGGAACGCAUUUUUAUUCCACGCAUUUUCAUCAUGAGAGUUUUGAUUGUAUUAGCAUUGAUUGGUGUUGCAUACGCUGGUGAGGCCAUCUUGGCUUCGGCCCCAUUAGCCUACUCGUCAUUGAUUUUGGACGAACCAAAACCAAGCUACGAAUACAGCACCUCAGUACAAACACCAUCAUAUAAUAACUACGCACACGUUCGAUCCGGCGGAAAUCUCGAGCGCAGAUUCUACAACUUUGCCACUCCAUAUGCCGCCCAAAUCGCUACCCCAAUUGCUGCCCAAGGUUACAUUGCUGCUGCUGCCGCCGAACCAAUUUUAGCAGAGACAAAAUUUCUGCAACCCGCAACAUAUGCAGCUCCAGUACUCAAAGCAGCUCCAUUGAGCACGGAAUUACGUGCGGCUGAAAUUGCUGCUCCUGCUAUUGCUAUUCCAACCACCAAAUUGUUACCAAUCACCUAUGAAACGAAACCAUUUUACCGAUUCGCUGCACCAGCACCAGCUUUUGUCGCAGCCGCACCAGCUGCCGCUCAAAUUUUGGCGGUUGAGAAUAAAUUCAUUGGCGAGGGAAAAUCGCAAUAUCAUUCACAAAAUGAAUUAGGCGAAGCCACCUAUGGACAUCGUGAACCAUUCCAAUCGCAUGAUGCCGUUCAAGAUGCCCAAGGCAACAAGGCCGGUUCAUUCUCGUAUGUUGCACCCGAUGGCCGAUUGUUGACCACCGAAUACAUUGCCGAUGCGGCUGGAUAUCGUGUUGCAUCAAAUGCAUUGCCAAAUGCACCAAACGCCGCUGCACCAGCAGCCAUCACACCAGUCAUUGCGGCCGUUGAAAAACCAGCCGAAAGCGGUGAUGCUGUCAUUGUUGAGGCAAAAUCACGUAGCCGUCGUUCUGCUGUCUUUGCUCCAACCCUUCGAACAUCCUACUACAGCAACCCAUAUGCAUACUCAUCAUACUCCUAUGCACCAGCCUCCACUUACUCAUACUCAUCGCAAUACUAUUCACCACUCUACCGUUCAUACGCUUACUCAUACCCAUCAUAUCCAUCAUACCCAUCAUAUCCAUCAUACAGCUACGCAUUUCGAAAAUAAAUAAAGAAAAGAGAGAACCUAACGGAGCGAUAUGACCGAUUCAUCAUCACCAUACAAUUAACAACAAUUGAUCAUAAUUCUAUUUUUUUGGAUCGAAAUUCCCACUUGUUAAUGACAAAUUUCUUCUCUGUUUUUUGACGACAAAAAAAUGUGUUUUGUAAGGCAAUUUCGAAAUGAAAAUAAACGAAUAAUUGAAAAAACGAAA